UCAGCUCAUCGCUUGAAAUGCAUGUCGGUGGAGAGUGUCUGCAGUGUAUUUGCCCGGCUACAGUGGCGCAGGCUUUCACAUCAUCUCCUCACAUCUUUCCUGAUCUCUUAUGUUUGGAAACCGACCUCUAUCGACAUGAACGCGCUCUCAUCGCCGACCAAGACCGAGAUGUCUGUUUACGCAGAAGUGAUCUUUUAUUCUCUUUUAGUCAAAUGAACCUAAUCGCGCUGGCCAAUGUAGCCGUCUAGUGCUCAGUUCUGCCCGCUCGGAGCGUUUUGUUUAGAUUGUAGUCUGCUUUAAAACAUUUACCUUUGGAUUUGGCCAAAAGCAUCUUCACACAUCAGUCGGAUCAAAGAAGAGAUUCGACUUUUUUCAUCCGGGAGUGGGGGAUAAUAUGUCAAGACGAAAACAGACCAACCCUUUCAAAGUGAAUUGUAGGUAUCCCAGGGCCUUUUCACACGACUGGGUUGUCCGGCCCUCAGCACACUUUUGAGAUGGAUGCUAGAGAUGACUUCAUUGAAGAUGGCGAAUGCCAUAGCAACAACUCACAGGAACAUGAAGAGCAAGACAGCACAAGUGAUGACGGUGAUAGUGAUUUUGAUAAGGAUGACUCCUCAAAUGCCUCUGCUGAUUACAGCAUGAUGAGUAAUAAGAGCAGCCACGGCCUCAUACUACAGGAUGACGUCAAGGAGGAGAGUGAGGAGGGGGCAGACCAGGGGAGCAAUUUUGCUUGUCCUCUUUGUUCCCUGGAGUUCAGUGGCCCAGAUCAGCUCAUCGCACAUGUCUACCAGCACACAGCUGUGGGUGGCAGUAAGAGUUAUAUCUGUCCUGUUUGUGGACGAGCUCUCAGUUCUCCAGGCUCUCUUGGCCGCCAUCUUCUCAUCCAUUCAGAGGACCGUCUGUCCAACUGUGCAGUGUGUGGGGCUCGCUUCACAGACACCAACAACUUCAACAGAGGAAAGUUGAAGGAAUUCCUCGACACAAGCAGUAUAGAGAUCAACAGUGAGGGUGAGGCCUGUGCCAUGUCCAACUCUCUACCCAGAAGCCCUAUGAAUAACCCCAGCACAAAUCCUGGUCCUGUACUGACCUCAUUGCCAGAUGGACUUCUCCCUUCUGCACCUCCUCUUCCCUCACUCUCUGACAGCCUCAGUCCUUCCAGCACUGGCCUUCCGCCUCUUCCAGACCUGAUGAACCCUAUGCCUGUGUACCCGGCUGGAGUUUUGUUGGUCUGCAACAGCUGCGUAGCCUACCAGCAGCUUGUGGAUGCCCAAUCGCCAUCCAUGAGGAAAUGGGCAAUGCGUAGGAAGAACGAACCCGUAGAGGUGCGGAUGCAGCGGCUGGAACGUGAGCGAACAGCCAAGAAGAGCAAGAGGGCAUGCGAGACACCGGAGGAGCGGGAGAUGCGUCGCUUACGAGACCGCGAGGCAAAGCGGCUGCAAAGGAUGCAGGAGACAGAUGAGCAGCGGGCCCGUCGUCUACAGCGUGACCGGGAGGCCAUGCGACUCAAACGGGCCAACGAAACACCUGAGAAGAGGCAGGCACGGCUAAUCCGUGAGAGGGAAGCCAAGAGGCUAAAGCGGCGCUUGGAGAAGAUAGACCCAUCGCUGAGAAACCAGAUCGAGCAUGACCCUGCUGCAAUGGCUGCGCUCACUGCUGACAUGAAUCUUUUCCAGUUUUCCUUCCCCAUGUCCGUUCCCUCCAUGGACAAUGGACUGUUUAUGAAGCUUCCCUAACAAGCACAUCUCCAAACACCUCUCAGCCCGGCAUUUGAGAAGAACUUGCCAUUCUUAAAGAAUACCUAUCUUGACUAUAACUGUGAUGAGAAUGUUAUGCUCUUGCAGUUUCAAGGAGGCGCUCACCCUGACAGCGAUUUGCAGUGAUGUAGGUCCCAGAUGUCGUUCAUUUUCAAUGAGAGAUUUGAGGCAACAUGAGAGACCAUGUGUUGCAAUGUAAUAGUGUUGAGCAGAGUUCAACUUUAUGCAGACAGGCAGCAACACGUGGCGACUACCAGUGGGAGUGUAGACAGCGAUGCUCACAUGAUCUGCUGCCUGAAACAGUUGGAUAUUGCAGUACAGAAGUGGUUCUACUGGACAGACGAGGCAGGCAAUUGCUUCAAAUUGCAGUUGGAUAACCCCAGAGGGUGAUGCAUUACAGUAUUCAACAGCAAGAAGAAAUAAACCUCCUUAAAACCAGUGCUCAACAAUGUUUAGUAGACUAUGAUGACAUUUUUGAGAACUCACCUCAUCCCUUUAGCUGUGACCUCAGUGAAACACUGAAAUAAGAGUGAGAUGAUGUAGAUGAUGUUCCCAUCUGAUAGUCGGAGGAGGAAAAAAGGGGCCUGGGGCACUGGACUCCUUUACAGUCAAUCACCACCAGUCAAGUAGAACGCCCACUAGGAACCAACAGUAUGGCGACUUGCUGACCUCCUCGUAUGUAAUUUAAUUGCUGUCAGUGUGAACGACCCUUUAUGGAUUUAUAUAACAGAAAUUGAUUUACAAAAUUAACUUAACUUGUAUAAAAAAAAUUCCAACUUUCACAGAAGGGAAACAAGGCAAACAUGUUUCCCUAUCUAUAAGCAUGUUUUAGGAGAUCUGUCUACUUAAUUUAAGGCUCAGACAUUUAGCCAUCUUUUUUCAGAGCAGUGAGGCCUUUCCCUAAGGAGGUUCUCUGUUUGCACACGGACCUACAGUGACAGGAGUGAGACGUGUAGCCACACUCCACACUCAGCCUACGGUUCAAAUUUGCCAGUCUAAAAGGUUGGAGUUUACCUGCAACUAUGGCUCAUCUCCCAGGACCCUAGAUUGGGUCACUACUAGCUCAUAUUCACAGAACCAACUACCUCACCAUGGGCUCUUUGCAUGGCCUAGUCACAACCUGUGGUCUUGACCAGGACCAAAGGGGCCAUGCAGGACCACACACUGACUCAAUGUUCCUUAUGCCAACACCUACUAUAUUCCAGGGGUGUCCAAUCCUGCUCCUGGAGGACCACCUUCCUGCAGUUCAGCCACAACCCUAAUUAAACACUCCUGAACCAUCUAAUCAAGGCAUUCAGGGUUACUUGAAACCUCCAGGCAGUUGUGUUGGAGCAGAUUAGAGAUGAGCUCCUAAAGCUUAAAAAUGCUCCCUUCGGAUGCAUUCCAAUGUCAGGAGGUAUCAAGGCACAUCCGAAUACAAUGUUUGCUUCACUUCCUGUCUCCUGAGAUACCUUCAUCUGAUCGAUUUGUGAAGGCAGCAUAGAUGUGUCCUUCACUGCCUUUGAUAUCCCACAGUCCUGUGCUUUCCAUUCUGUGAAAGCUGAGCUAUAAAAUAAAAAUGGCAUCUGAAAGUUGCAGUUGGUGGUCAGUUUCUACCUUUUUACCAACAUUUUCACACUUACGAUGUCAUUUCUAGCAAGAAAUCACUAUUGCAGUAAUUAAAUAUUUGCUUAGUUAUCACCAAAGCUCUCUCUAUUUUGCUGUAAAUCAUUAAACCGUUAUGCUGCCUCAGAAGUAGGGCUUAGACAAUUAAUCGAUGCAUCGCGAAUUGAGAAAUGAGAAAUUUCCGAAUGCAUCGUGAUUCUCUCGAAUUGAUUCUGAGCUUAGUUUUUAACAGCAGAUGGCACUGCAUGCUUUAGAAACAGCCAUACUCUGCUUGCUUCCAAUUCCUUACACACACUUGAACCUUCUAUGAAAUAAUCAUUCAUAAAGUUCACUUACAUGGACUCAGACUCAGCCAAAUGCACAAGCGCUCUUCUUCGUGAGCAUUUAAGCGUGCGGUUAAAAACUAGUCAUCUGCUGGUAAAAUCUAAGCUCAGAAUCGAUUCAAGAGAGAAUCGCGAAGCAUUUGGAAAAUCUCAGAAUCGAGCCACGAAUCUCGAUGCAUAGAUUUAUCUUCCCAGCCCUAUUGAGACGUCUGUCCGAAAUCAGUUUCGCAAGGUACCUUUGUGCGCAAACGCUUCCUACAAGUCAUUGCCUGAUAAGGCAGCGAGGCAACAAGUCAUCUGCCUAAGUGUUCAGGCGCAGCCUACAUGAAGGUGGCCCUCCUGGAGUAGGAUUGAACACACCUGCUAUUAUCAUUGCUCUACAUGUUUGCUGAAAUGAUAACACUUUAUUUAAAUGCUGUUUGAAUGCCACUGAUCCAAAUGGUGAAAUCUAUGUGGGCUUGUGGUCUCCUGGUCUUUCUUUACACCGGUUUUGCAUCCACAAGACCAUAUUUAUCAAGAUUUACAAGAAUGCCACCUUUGCCGCCAAUAUGCCCCUCAAUGCACCCUUUAGUUGAGCCCGGACUAUUUGAGUGUGGACUCCAAGAAGGAUCUCAAGGGCUGAGGGUAACAUUUGGGACAACUUCUAUGGAGGAUGUUGUCCUUUUCAAAAGAGGAAGGUUAUCUCUGUGGAUGUACUGUUAAUUACUGAAAGUAUCCGCUUCGAAGCACAUACAGCACACUUCUCUGACCUCCCAAAGGCUUUAUACCUUAUCACAAUGCUACACGGGUUGUUUUUUUUCUAGGAACUCAGGGAUGGUGUGGAUCAUCGGCAUCCUCACGGCCUGAGAACAUAGAGGAGCAGGAGACCUCCUCUUCCCAAUUCUUCAUUCAUCAUCAUCACUUUCUCAGACCAGAUACUACCUUAUACUUACCUUUACUGGUCACAUUGGCCUUUUUUCUCUUAUUCAGACUGCAAACUCCCCACCUGAGCCAAAAUGUCGAUAAGGAUAUUACGCAAGUCCAUUACAUCUCAACUAACCAACCAGUCUCUGCCCUCUGCUGCUGUCACUGUACUGUAAAAUGUGUAUGUUACCUCUUUAAACUAGUGUGGUCCCGCACUGGACCUGGGAAUGCUUGUUGUUAAUGGUGAGGCACUUAGUGUGUGCUCGAUCUUUAUGGCAACACAAGUAGUGUACAAAUUCAAAAAAAAUGUUGCCUUUGUCACUGGAAAGUUAUUCUUUGGUUUUAUAUUUAAUGAUUUAAAUGAUUUUGUGUGCUAUUUCAAUGAGAUGUGCAAUGAUGUAAAGGUUUAGUGAAUGCAUGUACAAUGAAACAAUCAGGACGAACACUUCCAGAGAGCAAUCCCUCCUAUAUGACGCAGUAAUAAUGCUGCAUAUGUAUGCUAAAAAUGGAAAUAAGGUAAAUACACAAAAUGUUUCACACUAA